UUCAUGAGAAUGUCUGGAGUGUAUGCGAAAAACAUGAUUAUGAAACAAGAAAUGUGGGAAGGAAAUUGAAGGAAUGCAAAAGUUAGAGAGAAGAAAGAAGAAAAAGUGAGAUGCAGAAGGAUGAAGGAGCUUAACUCAUCUGGCAUUGGAAUGGCCACAAGGGAAGCUUACUCGCAAACCCCCAAGAAGAAAGUUCCUCUCCUUCCUCUUCUCUCUCUUCUCUGCUUCACUUCCAUCUUCCUCCUUCUCUCCCAAUUCAGAACCACCUCCUCCCCUUCCAUAACCCACUCUCUUCCCACCUUCCACAAACGCACCCAAGCUUCCUGCAAUUUCUCCGAUGGAAAAUGGAUCACUCAUCCUCCCAGAAUUCCAACCUACGACCACACCUGCAAGGAGAUCUUCAAGGGCUGGAAUUGCCUCUCCGCCAACAAAUCCAACGCCCCUCUUCUCCCCACCUGGCGCUGGCAGCCCCGCCACUGCGAUCUCCCCCAAUUCCAUCCCCUUAACUUCCUCCGCACUCACACACACACCGCCAUUGGGUUUGUCGGGGACUCGCUCAACAGGAACAUGUUUGUGUCUCUCUUCUGCGCUCUCAAGAGUGCCUCCGAGGGCCAAGUCAAGAAGUGGCGCCCCGCUGGGGCUGACCGUGGAUUCACCUUCCUCGCUUACAAUCUCACCAUCGCCUAUCACCGUACCAAUCUUCUCGCUCGUUAUGGUAGCUGGUCCGCUAGUGAUAAAGGUGGUGCCUUAGAAACUCUUGGAUUCAGAGAGGGAUAUAGAGUUGAUGUAGAUGUUCCAGACAGCACGUGGGCAAAGGCUCUGAGUUUCCACGAUAUUUUAAUUUUUAACACGGGACACUGGUGGUGGGCCCCUUCAAAAUUUGACCCUGUUAAGUCCCCCAUGCUUUUCUUCAAGAAUGACCAGCCGGUAAUCCCUCCAAUACGUCCAGAUCAAGGCCUGGAUUUGGUUUUGGAGCACAUGAUCAAGUAUGUGGAGAAAAAUGCACGGCCUGGUGCAGUCAAAUUUUUUCGUACACAAUCACCCAGACACUUUGAAGGAGGAGAUUGGGAUCAGGGUGGUUCCUGUCUAAGGGAUAGACCUCUGUCGAUAGAGCAGGUAGAAGAACUUUUCUCCGUGAAGAAUAAUGGGACAAAUGUGGAGACUCGGCUGGUGAAUGAUCACCUCUAUAAGGCUCUCGAGGGAUCUGAUUUCAUUAUUUUGGACAUCACUCACAUGAGUGAGUUCAGGGCUGAUGCACACCCUGCUUCAGCUGGAGGGAAAAAACAUGAUGAUUGUAUGCACUGGUGCUUACCUGGAAUUACAGAUACCUGGAAUGAUUUGUUUAUAGAGCUUCUGAACAGUAAGAAGUAUCAAGGUUACAGAUGAAACAGAGUUGACAACAACUGCAGUUCCUGUGCAGAACACUUCAUCAGCAUCCAGCAUCUCCUCCAAUGAUAUGGCACGUUCCGUGACCUGAAUCAUAAUUCAAGUAUUCGUAUUCUUAGUAACCGAA